AUGAAGGCGGCCGUCGGCGCCAAGCCACCGUUCCAAAAGACUCGCAGGAGACAAGAACUGAUCACGAUGGCGAGUUCCGCUCUCCCAGGGGACGCUUGCGUUCACGGCGAGUGGCUCGCUGCGGCUCCCCUCGGCGUCGUCGGCGUCCUGGAGGGUCGCGUCCAUGGAGGCCAUCCUUCCGGUGUGAUCUCUCCCUUCUUUACGGGCUCAGUGAUGCCAUUACUCAGCAGUAAGGAGGCAUCAAGUUCUCUCCUCGGCGACAUGGAGACAUAUCUGAACCCUGUCUCCGGGGGCUUACUCGAGGACGACACGCUACGGCUCAACAGAUACCUGGCCGCUGCAAAGUUGAUGCUGAUGUUUCAGCGUCAGCUGCCCCCUGGCACGGCAUCCAGCGACAUCCAUGACGACCAUGAUCGUGCGAAAAAGCUCCUCGACAAGGCCAUGUCCUCCCUCGCAAUGGAGUUCUGCCACCUCCGAAUCUGGCGACAUGAUGAUUACCACCUGGAUGUCUCGCCUGUGUCCAUCUGGGAGUCCGUCAGGCGCAGCUGCCGCGACAGUUCCAACUCUGACUCGGCAGCCUCAUGGUUGAGUUCCUCUGCUUCCUGUUCCUUCACCGGCGGCAAUAGUGGCAGCUCAAGUGGAUUCCUCUCGGCUCUAUUUGAGGACAUGUCCGUCCGAAGUGACAAGGCAUUCCGAUGCAUGCAUCUUAAUUUUAUCGACAGAAAGGAGUUGUCCACCCUCAAUGACAUUGCAGGCGUCAUGAUCGAAGGCGGAUAUCAAGAAAUGCUCCGACGUGCAAUCCAUCGAGACUCUGCUCAACCUGCCAGGAUUUCUAACGAGAAAGAUGCUUCCUCCAUUCCAAAUUGCAAAUCAUUCUGCCUAGAAAAAGUUACCAAAACUAACUUACAAUUUGAGAUGGAGGAGAGUAUUUAA